AUGAUUACUGGUUAUUCUGUGGCCACUUUGGUGGUCUUUGUCAUAUCAAUUGGGUUUGUGAUAUACCCAGUCUCUAUACCCACCCCUCGACGAAUACCCCGUAUCCCAAUAAAUUUAACAACCGCCCCAAUCAUCGCAAUUGCAAUUCUAUGGGCGGCACAAUGUCUCGACCCAACAGUCAUUCGCGACGGCAUCGUUGGUACAGACGGCGUUAAACCCUACAACAUUCUUAUCCUCUUUUUCUCCCUUGCCUACAUGGCCAUCACCCUCGACAUCACCGGUAUCCUUCAGUCUGCAGCGUUCUGGGUCAGCAACAAAGGUGGUUCAAACGGCUGGAAACUCUACACCUACUUCUACAUCAUGCUUACCUUGCUGUCCAUCUUGCUGGGAAAUGAUCCCGUCAUCCUCUCUGGAACUGCGUUCCUGAUUUAUUACACAAAAGUCGCCGAGCUCAAUCAUAUCUCAUGGCUCAUGUCCGAGUUUGCAGCAGCGAACACAGCGAGCAUGGUGUUGUUUGUCGGGAAUCCCACCAAUGUGGUAAUCUGCGAAGGUUUCAACGUGAAUAAUGCUGCUUUCACAGCGUACACCAUCCUUCCUUUCAUUGCAUGCAGCGUCUUCUGCUUCUUGGCUCUUGGCGGUCAAUACCACAGUAAAAAAUACGUCCCUCGCAAGUUGAACCACGCUGCUGACCUUGAUGCCCGUUCGGUCCUCCUGGAUCCGAUCGGUGCCUGUGUCGGUAGUUUCAUGCUUGCCUCGGCUCUCAUUCUGUGCUUGGUAGUCAGCUUCUUCGGAAUUGACGUGUGGAAGAUCAGCUUGCCUUUUGCUGUGGCCAAGUUUAUCUAUGAUGUUGCCUGGGAUCACUACCGCUUUGUUCGGCAGCUACCGAUGCUCGGGCGCGGGCAGAAAGGGCCGGAGGAAAAUGCAAUGCAGUUAGACGAUGUUAUGCUACAAGACGGGCAGACGAUAUCAGAUAACAAGAGCCGCCAUCGCCAGUCCGCCCCACUACCCACGACAGACAAGGUGAAUUCUGAUCCCGAUUCCAAUCGCACCUUUAGCAACAGGUCCCCUCAACCUUUAUCCAAGACCUCUAUCGCCUUGUGGCGCUCCAAGGGCAUUGCGCUACACAAACGCCUGCACGCCCACUUUCCUACCUUUUUCACCGCGCUCCCAAGGCUCCCUUUCGCCCUCGUCCCAUUUGCGUUCGCGCAGUUUAUCUUGAUUGAAGCCCUUUCGCACCAGGGUUGGAUAGACGUCUUUGCGACAUGGCUACUACGAGCCACUCAUGGAGAUAUGUACCGCACCAUUUGGUUGAUCGGUGUUCUGGGAGUCAUCCUGUGCAAUGUCUCCGGGACAAACAUUGGUGCAACGAUUCUUCUCACCAAGGUCGUGAAUGCGGCAUCUCCUAUGUUAUCCGAUCAGACCUUCCGCGCAGCUGCUAUUGCCCUUGCUGUCGCGAGUAAUAUUGGGGCUGUAUCGUUCACCUUCAGUGCAAGUCUCGCGGGGCUUCUAUGGAGAGGCAUCCUCAAACAAAAGGGCAUCAUCGUAAGCCAGGCGACGUUUGCAUACUGGAAUGCACUUCCGUUGGUGGUGAUGACUGUUGUCGGACUUUCAGUAGUCUGUGCAGAGAUGGCUGUUUUAUACUAG